AUGGGCGUCCAGUCAGACUGCAACGAGAACCACCUGCCGGAGGCGCCGAGACGACGGGCGCCGACCGCGCGGCCUCCGUUCACGCUGGCCGACCUGAAGCGGGCCGUCCCGGCGCACUGCUUCGAGCGCUCCCUCCCGCGCUCGGCCGCCCACGUGCUCGCCGACGUGGGCGCCUACGUCCUGCUGGGCGUCGCCGGGGGCGCCCUCAUCCCGGCGCUGCCGUGGUGGGGCGCCCUCCUGGCCUGGCCGCUCCACUGGUUCCUGCAAGGCACCCUCAUGAUCGGCCUCUGGGUCUUGGCCCACGAGUGCGGGCACCACGCCUUCAGCCGCUACAAGCGCGUCAACGACGCCGUCGGCUUCGCCAUCCACACCUCGCUCCUCGUCCCCUACUUCUCGCUCCAGGUCUCGCAUGCCCGCCAUCACGCCAACACCGGAUCCGCUGAACACGAUGAGUUAUUCUGCCCGAAGCAAAGGUCCGGUCUGGGGACGCUGCACAGGCUGACGGAGAACCCUGCCGGUCGGAUCCUCAAGUCUGUGCUCUCUAUGGCCGCCGGGUGGCCCCUUUACUUGGCCAUCAACAUCACCGGCCGCAGCUACGAGGGCCUCGCCUCCCACUUCGAUCCCUUCAGCCCAAUUUUCCGCGACUCGCACCGCCUCAAGGUCCUUCUUUCCGAUUUAGGUAUCGUGACCAUGAUCGGGGCCCUGUACUACCUGGGCGCGACUUUCGGUCUGUGGUGGUUGACCUGUCACUACCUGAUGCCGUUCGUGUUCCUCAACGGGUGGCUGGUGGUGGUGGCCUACCUGAACCACACGCACCCGGCCCUCCCGCGCUACGCCUCCCAGGAGUGGGACUGGCUCCGCGGCGCCCUCUCCACCGUCGACCGCGACUACUGGGUCUUCAACCACCUCCUCCACCACAUCACCGACACACACGUCAUGCACCAUCUCCUCCCCACCAUCCCCCACUACCACGCCGUCGAGGCUUCCGAGGCCAUCAAACCUGUCCUGGGCGCCUACUACAACUACGACUCGACGCCGAUCCUGAAGGCCUUCCUCCGGGAGUCCAUCGAGUGUCUCUUCAUCGAACCCCAGUCCGAAGGCGACGGGGUCCUCUGGUUCAGCGGCCGCUUCCACCACGAUGGCUUCUUCACCGAGUUCAAGAACUUCCUCGUCAACCUCGCCCGGCCCAGCUUUUACGGCCCUCUAGUUUCACUUCUCGCUACCAUCGGCGCCACCGUCGCUCGCGCCCUCGCCAACCUCGUCAUCGUCCUCCUCAGCCCCAGCUACUAUUUGGAAACCGUCCCGCGCGCCCUCCUCAGCCUGGGAAAAUCCAUCGCAGAACUCCUCACUCCCAUCCUGGAAAGCAUCGCACCCCUAGCUAGUUCCAAAUUCUACCGCGAAACGCUCCCCAGCGCUGCCGUCGCACCUCUCACCGCCAGUUUCUACCGCGAGGUCUGGCACAUCCUGGCGGCGGUCUGGGACUACUCCUUCAUGGCAGCUGAGAACUUCUUAUCUAUUAUGAGCGCGUUUGCGCAAGUUUACCUGCUCGUCGGAGAGACGGUUAAGAACCUCGUUCUAGGGCUUUUGAAUACGAGGAUCUCGAUCAAUGUUAGCUAUUCCCACGAUACCGUUAGGAAUUUGCUGGCCAGCCCGUUGAAAGGAAAAGUUAUGCCCAAUUUCGCCCCGCAGGAAAAACUGACCUCGAUGCUCUCCAAGGUAGAUGCUUUCAGGAGCACGGUCGGGCCGCGAGGUUAUCUCAAUCUAAGAGAGAAACUAUGCUAG